GCUGAACCAUCUGAACUGAAACAGGAACAAGGGAGAGGGAAAGACCAGGAGGAGAUAGAGAGAGAGAGAGGCAUGGGAAUGUUACUGGGGGAAAAACCCCUCUGAUUUACAUCACUGAAAGCCAAAUCUGAAAAGGAGAGGUAUACUAUUUGCAGGAACGUGACUGAAGAAACAGAUGGUAACUGGGGUGGGGCAGGGGGGUGGUUGGUAUACCACUGUGGUCCUCGUUUCUCUCUUGUUAUGGCUUGGUGCUGAAAACAGGACUCCCUCGAGCUUUUUCUCUUAGAGAUAUACACAUGUAUUGACCAGGAUUUAGGGCUUUAUUUCUGCUGAAACAGGCUGAAGGAGAUUUACUUUGUGUCUUGAGUCUUGUGUGCUACUCGUGCCGAGAGAGAUUCAGGGAUAUCUGGUGACUGGGGGCUUCUCCCCAUCACUGCUAGCCCAGCGUGGGUUGCUCUGUGCAAGCUGCUUUUGUUGUGCUACUGACUGAUGUGCACAGUCUUUUGACCAGGGGCGCUCUGUCUGUCUGCUAUGGUCCUGCCCCGCUGCUCCAACAUACGGCACAUGUUGGGUAGGAACAACAUGGGAGAGUAAGAGAGAACUUACCAGCAUGGGAGCCAAACCAAUGAAAUGCCUCAGCUCCUCAAGCCCUGCCCACACCCCCAAGGAGGAGUACCUCAGCACGCCGUCGAAGGAGCCAGGUAGGACUGAGGGAAACCACACCGUGCAGCCGCAGAGCCUCAGAGCAGAGGAUGCAGCGAAGAUCAACGAGCCAUCUCCGGGCCCAGAGCCUGCUGGGAUGGGGGAUGGGACCUCCUGGGAGGAGCAGCUGUGUGCCCAGCAGGAGCAGUUGGAGAAGGAGAUGCAGGAGACCAGGAAGAUGGUGUCAAGGCUUCAGGCAUUGCUGCUUCAUGGGUCACUGCCCGAAGAUGAGCAAACGGCUUCUUUCUUUGGCGAAGCCGCAGCUGGGGCAGAACAGCAGCUGAUAUUGAUCCGCAGUCGCCUUGAUCAGAGCAUGGAGGAGUCUCUGGAUCUGAAGAGAGAGCUUCUGAGGUUCAAGCAGGAGGCACGCAAUCUCCAGGCAGUUAAGGAUUCCCUGCAGCAGCGCAUGUUAGCACAGGAGGACACAGUGCUACAGCUCAAACAGGAGCUCAUGAGAUCCACUAUGGACAAAGAGGAUCUAACAGGGCAGAACGUGGACCUGCAAAGGAAGCUGAGCGAUCGAGACAGACUGCUGAGUGAAUGUAAAAAAGAACUGGCACAGAAAGACAGGCUACUUCAGCAGCAGCAAGCUAAACUGGACGAGUCACUGCGCAGGCUCAGUGAAAGUCACGGGGUGUCUGGUUGUGAGAACAAUGGCUACACCCACACGAUGGACAUGUCUUCUUCACCCUUUCUGCAGCAUGGAGUGGGUGAUGAACUACAGCUGGUGCGAGAUGCUUUGCGCAGCCUAAGGAACAGCUUCAGUGGUCACGAUCCUCAGCACCACACCCUGGACACCCUGGAACAGGGCAUGGCCAACCUCAUAGACCGCCUCCACACCAGCGACUCAAAGAAGAGGCAAGGCAGAAAGAACUCUCAUCAUGUCUCACCACAGCACUCAACCAAAUCUCCAGGACAGAGAGCCAAUCACACAGAAAGAGAAUCAUGGCCACCUAGUUCCAAGAUGGCCCACUCGCACAGCAGUCCUGUGCUCGCUUCAUCUGCCGUGACUAAAGUUCUGUACUUCACAGACCGCUCUCUCACGCCCUUCCUAGUAAACAUUCCUAAGAGACUUGGGGAGAUCACGCUGCAGGACUUCAAGGUAGCUGUGGACAGACAUGGCAAUUUCAGAUAUCACUUCAAGUCUCUGGACCCAGAGUUUGGAACAGUUAAGGAAGAGGUGUUCCAAAAUGAUGCUGUAGUACCUGGAUGGGAAGGGAAGAUUGUUGCCUGGGUGGAGGAAGACCAUGGCGAGGGGCGCUGACUACACCCUGAAGAGAAUCCUUGUUGACCUGGGGACUGGUUUCGGUUCAGGUCCAUUUUGUGUGUGUAUACCUCAACACUACACAGUGCUGUCAAUAUCACGCACCAUGUCCUCUCACUUCAUCCCAAAGCCAGGUUUAUAGUAUGUCCUUAUCUGGUGAAAAGUGAUUCUAAGUACUGUUUAUAAGAACUCUGUUGGUAUUAUCAGCUGUAUUUUUUUUUUCCUUGUGAGAAAUCUUUAUAUGUUGUUUAGAAAAUGUGUUGUAAUAAAGAGCACAUGUACAAUGCAUUUUAAACAAAAGAUAAUAGACUGUCAUCCUUUAAGCAAUGAACGUUUAUUAGACAUCAAGCUACCUAUAAUGAACAAGUCCCAUAUUUCUAGAGUUACUAUUGUGUUUCAGUCACAGCUUACGGUCUUUAGCUGGUUGACCCAAAUCAGCCUUUUAAUCUAAAGUCUUAAUCAGUCGUCACUUCAGACCAGAAGCUGGGAAAGAUGGGACCACACUAUUGCAAUAUCCUCUGUACAUGUUUGUUUAUAGUGUUUAUUCUGUUGCAACCAACUGCAUCCAAUAUUAUGCACUUUUCUUAAGUAAACUUGCAUGUCAUGUACAACCUGAGUGCAUCAAGUCUCCUCUA